AUGUCCUCGACUCAGAACUACGUUACGAAGCAGCAGCUGCUGUCCACCAGCUAUGCGAUGAUCGCACUGACAUCGCUGUUUGCGCUGGUGCGCAUCGGCAUCCAGACAACUCGGCCGAAGAAACUGGUCGCGGAGGACUACCUCAUGUACCUCGCCUUCGCGUUCUACAUCGCCAUGGCCGUCAUGUACAUCGUAGUCACGCCAGCGAUGUUCCGCAUCUCGGGGGUGAUGAGCGGGGCGAGCCCGCCGUACGCGACGCUGCUGGACGACUCGCUGUUCAUCAUCAAGAUCUUCUUUGCCAACACGAUGAUGUUCUGGCUGGUGCUUUGGACGGUGAAGUUCAGCUUGCUGACGCUGUAUCGACGGUUGAUGCUGGGACUGAGUAGCGUGUACAUGAAGCUGUGGUGGGCGGUGUUUGGGUUCUGCGUUUUGUCGUUGAUCGGCUGCGUCGUUUCGAACUUUACGUCGUGCCAUAGCUUUCAUGCUUGGUUUUCGCCGGGGGAGUGUACGACGCCGAGAGAUGUGCGGGCGCAAAUCGCUAGUCUGUACUACGCCUACGCCGUUGAUGUGGUUUCGGACUUCAUGAUCAUGUUUCUCCCGAUCCGGCUCGUUUCGAACCUUCAGAUGCCACGCUCCCAGAAGAUCAGCGUGAUCAUUCUCUUCUGCACUGGCCUUGUCUGCAUCCUCUUCGCCACAAUUCGAGUUGUCCAAAUCGCUGUUAUCAUCGGUUGCUGUCCCGCAUUCGCCGCCCUCUACCGCAAAGCCCGGAACACACAAAAAGGCUCCUACAACGCGCAAGGCUACGUGAAGCAAUCGCCCAGUCGCUCUGGUGCACAGCGCUCAAACGAUAUCAAGCUAAAGAGCGUGGUCAGCACCGCGAGUCGAGCCAGAAAGGAUACAUACUGGGACGAUACAAAUAGCAGUCAGGAGGAGCUUGCGAAGAACGGGACCAUGGUAACGAAGACGUUCAAGCAGGAGGAUGAAAGGUCGAAUGAGUCGCGCAUAUGAUUAUAAGACGAUAACGAUAGCAGAAGGACUAUGACGAAGAAGGAACCAUGACAGAAUAGAUGAUAGAGAAAUGGGGGAUUACAC